UAAGCCCUGAAAAUGUCUUGCUUGCCACCACCUGAGUGGGGAUAAAAAUCCUGAAUCCUGGUCGAAGUGAGGAGCAUCAUUCCUAGACUUUGGAGGCUAGCAAAGCUCGUCAUCUUGCAAAACUGAGAAGAUAUGGUUGGAAGAUGCAUCCUUAAACCUUCGCCAAUAAGUUCCCCAGAAGCAGCCUUUCCAGAAACUAUUUAAGGUCUAGGGAGAAAGCUGGAAUGAUGUUUAAUCCCCAAAUGUUAGAUGUGCCAGCUGUGAUUUUUGACAAUGGAUCAGGGCUGUGUAAAGCUGGUCUGUCAGGAGAAAUUGGUCCAAGAUACAUCAUUCCUACAGUCAUAGGCCACCAUACCACAAAGCUGCCACUUUUAGGAAUGGCUCCGAAGAUGUGCCAUGUGGGAGAAGAAGCCCAGCACAAACGGGAUGUGUUGUCUUUGAAGUAUCCCAUUGAACGGGGUAUAAUUACAUCUUACGAUGAUAUGGAGAAGAUCUGGAAGCACAUUUAUGAGCACGAACUGGGACUGAAAGCCUUUGAGAGGCCUGUGCUAAUGACUGAGACCUCUCUGAACCCAACGGAGAGCCGAAAAAAAAUAACUCAGCUGAUGUUUGAAUGGUUCAAGGUGCCGGCUUUCUACUUGUCUGUCCAAGCCAUUUUGACCCUCUAUGCCUCAGCCCGUAUUGCAGGAUUGGUGAUAGACAGUGGACAUGGUGUUACCCAGACGGUACCAGUCUACGAAGGGUACUAUUUACCCCAUGCUGUCUCCCGGCUAGAUAUUGCAGGCAGAGAUAUCACGGAGUUCCUCACCAAGCUCCUUGUGGAAAGUGGGCACCGCUUUGGAAGCCUUGCUGAGAAGCAGGGGGUCAUAGAAGACAUCAAGGAAAAGUUGUGUUACCUGGCUGCAGACCCACACAGAGAAUUAGCCAAGCGGCCGGAGGAGAUCCUGAAAGAAUAUAAACUGCCUGACGGGACUCUGGUCAGUAUCGGCAGCCCACUCUUUCAAGCACCAGAGAUCCUCUUUGCGUCAGGUUGCUCUGGUAAUAACGCCCCAGGCCUUCAUCGGAUGAUCGCUCAGAGCGUCACCAAGUGUGACACCAGUAUUCACAACACUCUCUAUGGGAACAUGGUGCUGUCGGGUGGUUCAUCCCUCUUACACGGGCUGGAUGAGAGGAUUUUUAAAGGGCUAGAACAUCAGGUCCCCAAAGGGGUCCCUAUAAAGAUCAUAGCACCCACCGACAGGUGGUUUUCCACAUGGAUCGGGGCUUCUGUGAUUACUUCCUUGACCAGCUUCAAGCAAAUGUGGAUCACUGCUGCUGAUUACAAGGAUUUUGGACCAAACAUUGUCCAAAGAAGAUGUUUUUAAAAGGGCUUAGGUAAAUCUAGCCAGCAUCCAUUCAGGACAGUGGCAAAUUCUUGCAUUUGCUUGUUAAAAGGAAGGAAUAAACACCUUGGAUAGACAUUUGGCUUUUACAAUUUGUGUACUUGGCUUCAGAGUCAUGGAAAUUAGAGAAGAGACCUCUUCUCUGUUCAGUUCCAUGCCAGUACAAUGCAGUUCCCUUUAUUAAAGACCUCUUGUUCAGGAAUUCAAAA